AUGGAGCACGUAGGCCGCCUCAGCCGCCACCCCAACGUCGUCUCCUUGCUCGCUUACUAUUGCUCUAAAGACGAGAAGCUUCUUGUCUACGAGUAUAUGCCUUCGGGUAGCCUCUCUGCCGCCCUGCAAGUCCUCAUUUUUGUCCGAUAUUGUCUUGUUAAUGAUUUUGUCUCAUCUGUGUAUUCUUGUAUAAUCCUCAUUUUUGUCAUGUAUCGUCUUGAUAAUGAUUCUGAAAUCGAGAUAGGAGGAGGGGGAGCAUUGGACUGGGAGUCGAGGCUAAAUGUGGCGAUCGGAGCAGCAAGAGGUGUGGCACACAUUCACUCAGAAGGCGGGGCGAAGUUCAUCCAUGGCAACAUAAAGUCCUCCAACAUACUCCUAAGAGGAGGCCUCGACGGCUGCAUCUCCGACUUGGGGUUGAGCCCGAUGCUAACAGGCUACAGUGACGUCAAGUAUCGCGUGGCCGGAUACAGAGCACCGGAGGUGAUUGAGGCCAAGAAGGCCGCCACGCACAAGUCGGAUGUCUACAGCUUUGGUGUGGUGCUACUCGAGAUGCUGAGCCCGGUGAGGUACCCGGGGUACGAGAAGGUGGUUGAUCUGCCGAGGUGGGUGAGGUCCGUGGUGGGGGAGGAGUGGACGGCUGAGGUUUUCGAUGUGGAGCUGAUCAAGCAAGGCGGGGUCGAGGAGGAGCUAGUGCAGAUGCUGCAGAUCGCCUUCUGCUGCGUGGCCAAGGUGGCGGAGGCGAGGCCGUCGAUGGAUGAGGUGGUCGGGAUGAUGGAGAGGGUUCGACAUCCCGAUGUGGAGAAUAGGCCGUCGUCCGAGGACAACGGCCAGACGCCGUGAGACAGGGGAGGGGGAUUGUAGUGUCCAAUAUGUAUAUCAACUAGUACAACUACUAGACAAUAUUUUGAUUUUGAUUUUGAUUUUGAUUUUGAUUUUGAUUGUGUUUGUUGGUUGUGAUGUGAUGAGAUUUGAAGUGUAGUUGUGUUGUGUAGCGACCAUUUUGUCAUUUCCUAAAGAGGGCUAACAUCUCUCUAUUAUAUUA